AUGCGGCUUAGCCCUUCUACCAAAAGCACCCGCGUCGGUGAAGUGCGCAUCCACUCCCUCCAGCAAGUAAUCGAGCUCGACUCGGGCGGCAACAACAUAAUCUCCAGGCUGUCCAUCCCAGAAAACAAUGUUGUUCAGCCGUCGGCCAUUCGCACUAUCACCAGUCAAAUGGCCAUAGUCGUCCCCUGUAUGGAUGAGGACAUUUCUACCAUUGAAGGUGUACUGUCCGGAAUCCCUCAUGAGAGUCUCGUCAUCCUUGCCUCAAACAGCAGCCUCGUCAAAAAGGCAUAUAAUGACGAGGUCAAUGCUCUACACCGUUUUAUUCACAUGAGCCACCGGUCAGCCAUCGCUGUACAUCAACAGGACCCCAUGCUUGCGACAGCUUUUUUGGCCGCCGGGAUGCCGGAGCUUGUCGAUCCAGCCACAAGAAGAAUCCGGAACGGCAAGGGAGAAGCCAUGCUUGUCGGUGCCGCUCUUGCCGCCGCUACCGGGCGCAGAUAUGUGGGAUUCAUCGACGCGGACAACUUUGUUCCCGGGUCAGUUCGCGAGUACUGUGAAGCCUUUGCGGCUGGUCUUCACCUCGCUCGAGUCGGCAGGCCAGCGGGCAAGGCCAUGGUCAGGCUGAGUUGGGGCUCCAAGCCCAAGGUGCGAAACGGUAAACUAGAGUUCAGCAAGGAGGGCAGGAGCUCCCGUGUCACCAACCGCUGGCUCAACAGACUGAUGAGCGAGGUUGGAGGCGUCAAGGAUUCCGACAUGAUUGCUACCGGCAACGCAGGUGAGCACGCCAUGUCGAUCGAGCUCGCCACCAAGAUGCGUUUCGCGGGAGGGUUUGCCGUCGAGCCUUUCCAGUACCUGGACCUCCUGGAGCGGUUCGGAAGCAGUAGCCACGAGGCCGAUGCAUCCAAGAGACACGACGCGGCUCGGGAGCGGUGCGACAUGAUCGAGGUUCUGCAGAUAGAAACGCGUAACCCGCACCUGCAUCAGGACAAGGGUGAUGAGCACAUCAAGAACAUGUGGGCACAGGCGCUAGGGGCGAUUUACCGAUCUCCAGUGACGCCACCGCUGAUGCGACAGCAGAUCGUAUCGUUUGUGGCUGAGAAGGGCGUCACUAUGCCUGGGCCUGACGAGACGCGCGUGUAUCCUCCCAUUGAGAAUUUGGACUUGCUGCAGCUGUGGGAGUUGCUAGAGGAAGCGUCGACGUUUAAGGUCUUUGGGGAUCUCAUGGGUGUGGAUUUCGUGGGAGCAGAGUCGACGCUGGGCGUGGUGACGCUGCUGGAGGGCGUUAAAGAGUGUAUUUCAGGCAUCACGAGGGACUUGCUGAUGAAGACGAGAGAUGAGUGUUUGGUGGGGAGGAGGUUAGUUGUACUCUCAAUCAUUAUAACUCAUCAUCAGGACACCAUGUUUGCCGUCGUCUUCGAAACCCGCCCUCAACCAUCCCAAUUCGACACUUAUCUCACCAUUGCCAAAUCCCUCCGCCCCGAGCUGGCAAACAUGGACGGAUUCAUCGAAAACAUAAGAUACAAAUCUCUCACCCGGCCAGGAUGGAUUCUCUCCUUGUCCUUUUGGCGUGAUGAAAAGUCGCUGGUACGAUGGCGCACAACAGCAAAGCAUCACAUGGCCCAGGAAAAGGGUCGUGAUGGAGUCCUGGAGGACUACCAUCUUCGUGUGGGGCAAGUUACCGCUAGUGUUAGGUCCAAUGAGGUGAAGAAGGUGGAAACUAUCGACAAAAGGGAGCGGGAUGAUGUGACCGUCGUCGGAGCUGCCAAGACCGUCCAGCUCGUCCGGUUCCACAUGGAUCAGGGAGCUGACAUUGGUGCUGCUAGUGACAAACUGGGAUUGAACCCUGAAGAGCUACCGCGGGGCUUGCUGGGUUGGGAUAUCAUGGAGGCAGUACUCACCCCGGGUGAUAUGAUUUUCUUGGCUUCGUGGGAGGCUGGAAGCUCUUCGAUUUGCAUUCCUGAAGCGGAUUCAGACGAGGUGCAGAUUCUAAGAGAUUAUGGGAAACAUGAUCGUAGAGAGGCACCACAGUAUUACCCACCGGCAUCUUAG